AUGUAUCACUCAGCCGAGCGAGGGGCCCUUGUGAGAUAUUCUGAAUACAGCGGAGGCAGCGGUACUGGAGCAAAGAGGGGGGAUCCGGACGACGGUAAUGUCGCCGUGGCUGCAAAGAGGGGAGAUGGUGACGACGGUGAUUACGCCAAGGCUGCAAAGAGGGGGGAUCCGGACGAUGGUGAUGUCGCCGUUGCUGCAAAGAGGGGAGAUGGCGACGACGGUGAUUACGCCAAGGCUGCAAAGAGGGGGGACCCGGACGACGGUGAUGUCGCCGUCGCUGCAAAGAGGGGGGAUCCGGACGAUGGUGAUGUCGCCGUGGCCGCAAAGAGGGGGGAUCCGGACGACGGUGAUGUCGCUGUCGCUGCAAAGAGGGGGGACCCUGACGACGGUGAUGUCGCUGUCGCUGCAAAGAGGGGGGACCCUGACGACGGUGAUGUCGCCGUGGCCGCAAAGAGGGGGGAUCAGGACGACGGUGAUGUCGCUGUCGCUGCAAAGAGGGGGGACCCUGACGACGGUGAUGUCGCCGUGGCCGCAAAGAGGGGGGAUCCGGACGACGGCGAUGUCGCCGUCGCUGCCUAG